UUGUUCCGGUCUUGCAUUUGAUCUUUGAAUGUUUACUAAUUAAAUGACUGGCGUUGUAAUGAAGCAAUAUCCUAUGUUCUUAUAUCUUUAUCCAAUGCUUUGUUCUGAUUUCAUGUGUUUUAAAUUAAGAAACCUGGAUCUUAGUCUUAUAUAUAUGCAUAUCCUGGUGUUCUGCCUCCAACUUCUCUUAGGAAGAAGAGGAUAGAUGAAAAACCUUAGUUAUGUAAACAAAAACGAAACAGAGGAUUGGGAGAAAAAGCGGAGGAUCACACCAUAUUAAGUUCCCAAGUCUUAAAAAUUACCACCGACAGGGAAUUUUUCUGAAUUCAGAAAUGCUUUGACAUUUUUGAAAAAUGACAAAUAAUAGAUGACAAGACAGAGACGUAUUAUAAUGAAAGCUUAAGUAAAUUAAAAACAAAAUCAUCACUUCGUUAAUAAAAGAAAACCAACUAACUAGGCUUGACUUGUACAGAGGAGGGCUAAAAGCAAAGGAAUUAUAUGAUUCAACUAUAACAGAGGGCUCAUGCAUUCGUAUCGUACGCUAUUAAACAUGAUAAUUAAAUGAACCAUAAUGCCAAAACAGAGCCUAUUUACGUUUUUAGAAUAAAGCAGAGAACAAUUUCCUGAAGCGACGUGGUAAUGUGGCAUAAUGCAUACUGACGACGGGGCGAGCAAGAGACCGACGCUUUAAUAAUCGAGGCCAAAUCCAAUUUCAUGAGUAGUAAAAUCAGAGAUCAUAGCUUUAAUAUUACAACGGAUGCGAAAAAGAUUAAUAUGAUUCGUGUUUAAUUAUUUAUUAGUUUAUCGAAUAUUAGUUUAUAGAGGUUUUUAGAAAAAAAACUACAAACUUAUGCGAUAUUCCAAUCCGAGUUACACGUUAGAAAAAUUAUCAAACGUGGAACUUACUCCAAUCUCUUGUGAAAAGUGUUCAUACUUUUAUAAGCCAAGUAGUCUUGGGUAGUGCCAAACUCUGUCUCCUUAUUUAUACCAGCAUUUUGACAUGUUCGGUCUUACACCAAAAAAAAAAAAAAACCAUGUUCUGUCUAUUUGCUCAACCAAAAUUAUUCUUCUUAAAAGUCUUGAAGAAGAAAAUGUCGAAAUGCUCUAUGCAUUUGAAUUUUCUCUUGGUGCUCUUAUUCUGUUGUGUCUCUCCUGCAAGCUUCGACCUUUUGUUAGAAAAUCUUGUUGUUGGUCUUGUUGCGUGUAGUCCCGGUCAGAUUCAAGCUCUGACGCAGUUGAAGAACGAGUUUGAUACUCGUGGUUGCAACCAUAGUGACAACUCAAAUGGAGUCUGGUGCGAUAACUCCACGGGUGGGAUCACAAAGUUACAACUCAGUGAUUGCCUCAGUGGAACCUUGAAGCCCAACAGCAGCCUCUUCAGUUUGCAUGACCUUCGUUACCUUAAUCUGUCUGAAAACAACUUCAGUUCCUCUUCACUUCCCUCUGAAUUUAGAAAUCUCAAAAAAUUAGAGGUCUUGUCUCUUUCCUCAAAUGGUUUCCUCGGUCAGGUUCCUUCCUCAUUUAGUAACCUAAACAAGCUUUCUGUUUUAAGCCUUUCCGAUAACGACCUCACUGGAAGUUUCCCUCUUGUGAGGAAUCUAACCAAGCUUGUACUUUUAGACCUUUCUGAUAAUCAUUUCUCUGGACCUCUGAAUCCAAAAAGUGCACUCUUUGAGUUGCACCAGCUCCGUGACCUUUUUCUUAGCAAUAACAACUUCAGUUCUUCACUCUCUUCAGAAUUUGGCAAGCUCAGUAAUUUAGAGGUUUUGUAUCUUCCUUCUAAUGGCUUUUCCGGUCAAGUUCCUCCCACAAUUAGUAAUCUAACCAAGCUCAAAGUUUUAAGACUUUCCGAUAAUCACUUCUCUGGGACACUGGCUCCUAACAGUGGCCUCUUUGAGUUGCAUGAGCUCCGUUUCCUUAUGCUAGAUUACAACAACUUCAGUUCUUCACUCCCUUCUGAGUUUGGCAAUCUCAACAACUUAGAGUUUUUGUAUCUUACCUUUAAUCUUUUCUCCGGUCAGAUUCCUCCCACAAUUAGUAACUUAACAUCUCUAGUUGAACUGUUCCUUGACGGAAACGAGCUCACUGGUAGUUUCCCACUUGUGUGGAAUCUAACCAAACUCUCCAUGCUAGACCUUUCAGAUAAUCACUUCUCUGGAACUCUGAACCCCAACAGUGGCCUCUUCGAGUUGCACGACCUACGUUACCUUAACCUAGGUUACAACAACUUCAGUUCAAAACUCCCUUCCGAAUUUGGCAAUCUCAGCAUAUUAGAGGUCUUGUCUCUUGAAUCUAAUAGCUUCACAGGGGAUAUACCGCUUUCAAUAUGCACCAUAAGCUCUCUUUUUGGUCUUGUCCUAAGCUACAACAACUUCACCGGUCAAAUUCCUCGUUGUCUUAGUAAGAUUGCAUUUGUGAAUCUUCGAGAGAACAACUUGGAAGGAAGACUUCCAGACAAUUUUUACGUCGAUGCUUCUGUGCAGACACUUGACGUUGGACGCAAUCAGUUAGUCGGGAAGCUUCCAAAGUCUCUUAUAAAUUGCUCCUCUUUAAGGGUGCUAGUUGUUGACCACAAUAGGAUCAAAGACACGUUUCCUUUUUGGCUCAAGGCUCUAUCCAAUUUGAAAGUCUUUAUCCUUCGGUCAAACGAUUUCUAUGGCUCUAUUUCUCCUCCUGAUCAAGGUCCUCUGGGGUUUCCUGAGCUGCGGAUACUUGAGAUAUCUGAUAAUAGUUUCACUGGAAGCUUGCCACCAAAUUAUUUCUUGAACUGGAAAGCAUCAUCGCCCACGCCAAAUGAAGAUGGUGGUUUAUACAUGGCCUACAAUAAGACUGCUUAUGCUCCAAUAUUUUAUACCUAUACUGAUGUAUUAGAUUUGCAGUACAAAGGUAUAUCUAUGGGGCAAGAGAAGAUCCUUACUUUCUACGCGGCCAUUGAUUUUUCUGGAAACAAACUUGAAGGACAGAUUCCUGAAUCCAUUGGCCACUUGAAGGCAUUGAUUGCACUCAACUUAUCCAACAACACCUUCACAGGCCAUAUCCCUCUGUCUUUGGCCAACGUUACGGAGCUCGAGUCACUAGACCUAUCAAGCAAUCACCUCUCAGGGACCAUUCCUAAUGGACUAGCGAGCCUCUCGUUUUUGGAGUACAUAAAUGUGUCUCACAACCAACUCAAGGGUGAAAUACCACAAGGAACACAGUUUAGUGGGCAAGCUGAAUCAUCAUUUGAAGGAAACGCAGGCCUUUGUGGUCUUCCUCUCCAGGAAACUUGCUUUGGGAGUAAUGCACCACCAACACAACAACCUAAUGAUGAGGACGAAGAAGAAGAAGUACAAGUGUUGAGCUGGAAAGCAGUUGCAUUUGGGUAUGGGGCUGGAAUGUUGCUUGGAUUGACAAUAGCACAAGUCAUUGCUUCAUUCAAGCCGGAGUGGCUCACCAAGAUAAUUGGUCCGUAUAAGCGCAGAAACCACUAGCUUUGCUUUU